GCGUUGCGUCCUAUACCGGGUUGAAAGUCUCCAAUUUGAGCGAGGCCAUCGGCCUGUUUGUGCACGGUGUUGGAGACAUCGCUGCCCCGUUGCAGGGGGAACAAGCUCGCCAGCUGAUCGCCCAGUCUCGACAAGCACCCUAUGGCAAGGGCAGCGAGACCAUAGUCGACCCGUCGGUGCGCAACACUAGGAAGCUUGAUGCCUCCCAGGUUCGAGUUCCGCAAUGCCGAGUGGUCCCGGGUCCUUGAUCAAUGCAUUGAGCACGUGGGCGCGACGUUGGGCAUCGGCUCCCCCACCACCGCCAAGCUCUACAAGAUGACCAUCUAUGAGAAGGGAGCCAUGUUCAAAUCCCAUACCGAUACUGAGAAGAUCCCAGGCAUGUGCGGGAUUCUCGUCAUCUGCCUCCCAUUCCCCCCCUCCCCCUUCCCCUUCAUGAAGGCGGAGAUCUCGUUUUGAAGCAUGCGCGGUCAGUCCAGAACGUACAAGACCUCGACGAACCAACCAUCCAUGUUGUGCUGGUACUCCGAUGUCCAUCACGAGGUCCUGCCCGUCACUCCUGGCUACCGAUGGGUCUUGACCUACAACCUGGCCAUUUCCCCCGGACCUCGAGCUUCCGUCGGCCGCUAUACGUCGGCCUGAAUUCCGAGGCCUCUGACAUGCACUGCGGAGAUGGCUUGUACACGAAGCUUUGAGAGCGAAGGCAGACGACCGUGACAUCCAUCAUCUGUGUUACAUGCUCGAUCACGAGUAUACGGAAGCCAGCAUUGCCUUCAGGGCGCUCAAGACGACUGACCUCGCUCCCGUCAGUGUCUGAGGGACUUGUCAACUGAACCGGACUUUGAUGUCUUCCUUGCCGUUCUCGAAAAAGAAGAAAUGGGCUGCAUUGAAAUGGACUGGGGCCGGAGUCGUCGGUCUUCCUAUGAUGAUC